AUGGAUACAGCUCGGGCGUAUCGGUCCACCUUUGCGGGGGCCUUCGCCCGCGUCGUGGCGGAUGAGGCACAUGCGAUUAAAACAGUACGCACCCGCAAUCACCAGGCGGUCGCCCUCCUCCGGGCCGAUAACUUUUGGGGCCUUACCGCGACGCCUAUAUGGAACCGCCCUAUCGACCUCUGUGGGUACCUAGUGCAGCUCUACUGGGACGGGGCCACGGAGGAGAACCCUACAGGACGGCUCGACCGCGACGCGGUCCUGGUCGAAUAUCUCGCGUGGGUUUCCGCAGACGACGCCGCAGGAUGA